CAUGCAAUCACAUGCAAUCCUGGGAUUGUGUACUCAUAAAUAAAACCUCUUAAUCCCAGUUAAGUAUAUUGCAUUGUAGCCUGCAUUUCUCUCCUAAAGUGCUUAGAUGCACCUAGAUAACGCCUCGAUCUUCAGUUACUUGUAAACACCUUCCCUCCAAGGUGAACCAUGGCUGCUUCCAUCCUUGUUCGACGCUGCCAGAUGUGGACCCCAUCAAAGUUGCCCACAGGGUACCACAGAAAAGCUUUGAAUACACAGAUGGGCUCUGCAGCCAUGUAUCAACUUAAGAAGAAAGACACACAACUAUUAAAGAGACAAAUCCCAUCCGGCAUCAGUCACAUGACCAGCAGAUCUCUGCAUCUCACCCUGCUUUGCUUCCAGGAAGUGAUGUUGACCAGUGAACGAUACCAAGUGCAGAGGUUCCCCUUUGCCCAUGUUUCUGAUAGAGAUUUGUCAUUCUUUGAGCGCCUUAUGCCUGGCAGAGUCAUGACUGAUGCUGAUGAGCUGAAACCCUUCAAUGUGGACUGGUUGAAGACUGUGAGAGGUUGCAGUAAAGUGUUGCUGAAGCCACGGACAACAAUGGAAAUAUCUGAGGUUCUCAGGUACUGCAGUGAGAGGAACUUGGCUGUGAACCCUCAAGGGGGUAACACUUGUCUCGUUGGGGGCAGUGUACCUGUCUUUGAUGAGAUCAUUCUUUCCACAGCUCUUAUGAACCAGAUCAUCAGCUUCGACACUGUUUCUGGGAUCUUGGUUUGUCAGGCUGGCUGCAUUUUAGAAAACCUCAACCAGUAUCUGGAACAGCUAGACUUCAUUAUGCCUCUUGAUUUAGCAGCAAAGGGCAGUUGCCAUAUUGGUGGCAAUGUGGCAACAAAUGCUGGUGGCUUGCGACUGCUGAGGUACGGCUCCCUCCGAGGGACAGUCCUGGGUUUAGAAGUGGUGCUGGCUGAUGGUUCCAUUCUCAAUUGUUUGACAUCUCUGCGUAAGGACAAUACUGGCUAUGACUUGAAACAGCUCUUCAUUGGAUCAGAGGGGACCUUGGGAAUUGUUACGGCUGUUUCAAUCCUCUGUCCACGAAAACCCAAAGCUGUGAAUCUGGCAUUUCUUGGUUGUCCAGGUUUUUCUCAGGUCUUGAGAACCUUCACUACUUGCAAGGGGAUGCUGGGAGAGAUCCUGUCUGCAUAUGAGUUCAUGGACAAUGAGUGCAUGAAGCUGGUUAAAGGACAUCUCAAACUGGUCAACCCAGUGGCAGAAAGCCCAUUUUAUAUCUUAGUUGAGACCUCAGGUUCUAAUUCUGUCCAUGAUGAGGAAAAACUGAGCAACUUCCUGGACCAUGUCAUGACCUCUAAUUUGGUGACAGAUGGAACUUUGGCUUCAGAUGAUAAAAAAAUAAAGAUGCUGUGGGCUUUACGGGAGCGAAUCACAGAGGCCCUAACGUGUGAGGGAUAUGUUUACAAAUAUGACAUUUCACUUCCUGUGGAGAAAAUUUAUGAUCUUGUGACUGACAUGAGGACAAAGCUGGGCAGAAGUGCCAAGAAUGUUGUGGGCUAUGGCCAUCUUGGAGAUGGAAACUUGCAUCUGAACAUUACAGCAGAAUCUUACAGUCAUUCCCUUCUGGAAGCCAUUGAACCCUAUGUGUACGAAUGGACAUCCCAGUAUCGUGGAAGUAUCAGUGCAGAACAUGGGCUGGGCUUCAAGAAGAAGCAUUUUAUACACUACAGUAAGCCACAGGAGGCUGUUCUUCUCAUGCAGCAGUUCAAGGCCAUGCUGGACCCCAAAGGCAUUCUAAACCCUUACAAGACAUUACCAGUCAAAUCAGAAUGAAUCUGCCUGCAGGGGAAGAAUCUGUAAUGUUUGGACAGGUGUGUUCUAGUACUGUGUUCUGUUUUCUAGUUCUUAGCCAUGAACCAACUGAUCCAGAGAUUUGCAUUUCUUUUGCCUGGGUAAAGGAAUUGCUGCACUUCCAAUCUUGCCUGCCAUCAUACGUUUUGGACAGACUGGGAAGAGUAUCACUUCAGCCAUUUGAUUUUCAAAGUUUAAAUUUCUCCUUGUUCUGAGGAUUUUGCUCUGAGCCAUGCACUCGUAAGACUGCUGUGCAGCAAGAAAGGGUAGAGCAGAGCAUUUAGAGGAAAAAAGUCCCAGGAAUUUGGACAGUGUCACAGAGUACGUCAAGUGUUAUAAUACAGCCCAUUCUGAUUUCAACAGGGGUACCAUCCUGUGACUUCACCUAUGACAGAGGGCCUCCCCAAAAUGUAGCAUCUUUAGCCUUAAAAGGGCCAGGUAAGCAGUCAUAGAAUUGUGGAUACCCGCAAACAAAACUUAAACAAUGUAUUGUCGAAGGCUUUCACGGCCGGAUUCAACUGGUUCUGGUGUGUAUUCCGGGCUGUGUGGCCGUGGUCUGGUGGAUCUUGACACAGUGUGUAACUUCCCUCUGUGAUACACCUCUGAAGAUGCCAGCCACAGAUGCAGGCGAAACGUUAGGAACAAGAUGCACCAGACCACGGCCACACAGUCCAGAAAACCCACCACAACCAAAACUUAAACAAAUUACUUUUAUUGAAAUAUGCAGUGGGAAUUUCAAACAAAACAGUGGAAAUAAAAUUUAUAUAAAUCAGUCUUAA